UUUUCUUGGAUCUUGAUAAUAAAUAUGCUCAUGACUCAUUAUGAAAAUAUCCGACUUGUGGGACAAUCCACUGUUGGCAUAUAUAAACCAAAGUUUGAAACAUUCUUUUCAACCAUUACUAUGAUAAAUAAUUAUAAAUAUAACAAAUGGGAAACAAUUUAAUGACAAAGGAAGCCAGCGAUUGAAUGAAGACACUUAAGCUACAAACUUUCAAAAUAUCUGAAAAUGCUGAAGCCCAGGAAUUAUUACUGGCAGAUUCCAAAGAACGAAAGACCAUAUGCAGAAGUGUUCACGUUACCAUUCACAUUAAUGCCACUUGUCCAGUUCCCUUCCACUUCUAUUCGACUAGUUGUUAUAAUUAUCAGACGAAAGGUUAAUUACUAAAUAUAUAAUUGAUUACACGAUAAAUAGACAAUCACAAGAUAAGAUACACUUCAUUCAGGGCACGAUACAAAUUAAAAGCUCGCAGAGUUAACAUUCUUUUAUUUAUUUUUCAUGUAAUCAUUCAAAUAGAAACAAGUAAAUAAACCUUUACUGUUGACUCCCAAGAAAUAUUUCUGAGUAUAAACAAAACGUUGAGUAAAAAGAACGUGAAGUAUUUGCUAAAUUUUGCAUGUCAUAUGCAUGCAUGUACCAAGUACCAUAAAACAUUUUUUUUACAAAAAAGACGUACCAAAAACACAUGCAUAUAUUUUUUUUUUGGCCCGUUUUAAUGUUUAUGGAUCUCCCCACUCUACCAAAUGAUAGUGACAACACAUUGUGUGGACAGUUUAUAAGUUUACAAGAUUCCAAGUGUAGAAAAGAACAUCUAUUUCAAAAAGUCAUGUGAUCAUUUAUGCAUAUUUAGAAAAAUUUAUAGAAGUAUUAUACUCUUUCCCAUUUUAUGCAUUAGUUUGAAAGCAGCAAUGGUGAUCUGUGAUCAUCAACAUCACCAUCAUCAUCGCUUUCUCCUUCUCAAUCUUGAACAUUCCCGCCGAGCCCACCUCGUUUUCUAAUGAUCCGAAAUAAAAUAUGCAGAGCCGACCCACGUUUAGUGAUAUUUAUAUGAAAGCCCAGUAAAGAUCCAACUUGUUUUAACAGACAUGAGACAAGUAGUUACUACAGAUGAUUAAUAACCCCAAAGAGCUUUUUCAUAACUUUUUGACAGUUAUCUCUAAUAUGAGACAAGUAGUUACUACAGAUGAUUAAUGGGCACAACGAUUUCUGAUCUUGAAAAUAAGUGAACCAAUCAGGUUAUAUUACCCACAUAUCUCCUCCAGAGAUGCUCGAGUCCUCACCAAAUUGUGGUAUACUGACUGUGAUGUAAUCAAGGAACCAAAUAGCUUCACGGACCUCUUUAUGUGAUUUACAAUUUCACCCACACAAACAUGUACCAUGGUCCUUUUGGUGACAGCCAAUCAGUUUCACCCACACAAACAAGUGUCGAUAUCUAAAUACAGACAAUUAUACGCCUUAUUUCAAACAGAAAACACGUUUUUCCAAAGAAAGUUAAUCAACUAGCUUUCUAAGCCGAAACAUUAUCGCUAACCAAUUUUUUUUCAAAAGAACCCUAACUAACAUACGUUUAAAAUGUGCGAUAUUAUGAUAGUGCGGUUUGUAUAUAAUAUGGUUAAAACAAUAUCUUAUGUUAAGUCUGCUCAAAAAAAUCUCAAACAAUGGACUAUCAAUUGUCUUUGCCACUAUCCACCACCACACCACGUCUUUCGUUCAAGGUGCAUCGCCGGAAGCCUGAGCUGAUUACUCCGGCUAAGCUAACACCAAGAGAGCUCAAGCUUCUCUCCGACAUAGACGACCAACAAGGACUGAGAUUUCAAAUUCCCUUUAUGUUUUUCUAUAGACCUAGCCUUACAAGUACUCUUGAUCCGGUCCAAGUGAUCAGGACAGCUCUCGGACAGACGCUGGUUUACUAUUACCCGUUCGCUGGUAGGCUCCUGGAAGGUCCUAACCGGAAACUUGCGGUGAACUGUACCGGAGAAGGCGUUUUGUUCAUUGAAGCAGACGCUGACGUUACGUUUGCUGAGUUGGAGGAAGCUGAUGCUCUUCUUCCUCCUUUCCCUUGCUUAGAAGAGCUUCUCUUUGACGUAGAAGGUUCUAGUGAGUUGCUUGGCACUCCUUUACUUCUCGUUGAGGUCACGCGGCUCAAGUGCGGUGGAUUCAUCUUCGCCCUCCGUAUCAACCACACCAUGACGGAUGGAGCCGGUCUGUCACUCUUUCUGAAAUCACUAUGCGAGUUGGCGUGUGGGUUACACGCGCCUUCAGUUCCACCUGUGUGGGAACGACAGUUGCUGAUCGCGAGUACAUAUGCUCGCGUGACACAUACUCACCGCGAGUAUGACGAAUAUGUGGAACCCGAAGCGGUUGUUGUUGGAGAUUGUUUGGUUACUAGGUCUUUCUUUUUUGGUCCGGACGAGAUAGCCGCUAUAAGGAGACUCCUCCCGCCCGGUCUCCACAACCACAACAGCACUUUUGAUGCGCUGACAUCGUUUUUGUGGCGUUGUCGGACGGUUGCAAUGAGUCCAGACCCCAACACCGAGAUGCGAAUGACAUGCAUCGUCAAUUCUCGUUCCAAACUUAGAAACCCACCCAUACCGUCGGGUUACUAUGGAAACGUAUUUGCCAUUCCUGUGGCGAUAGCCACCGCAAAAGAUCUGAUGGAAAAACCGCUCGAGUUUCCUCUGAGGUUGAUACAAGAGGCGAAGUCUAGCGUGACAGAGGACUACAUACGGUCAGUGACGGCGCUAAUGGCAACUAGAGGCCGGCCUAAGUUUGUGACAGCUGAAAACUACAUAGUGUCGGAUUUGAGACGUUUUGAUAUAGGAAAAGUUGAUUUCGGCCCUUGGGGUAAACCGGUGUACGGUGGAACCGCUAAGGCCGGUAUUGCCACGUUUCCAGGAGUGAGCUUCUAUGUGCCAUUUAAGAAUAAAAAAGGUGAGAAUGGAACUGUUGUGGCAAUUAGCUUGCCUGCGCUAGCGAUGGAGAAGUUCGUAGAAGAGCUCAACGGUGUUUUCAUGGCCGGAUCCUUUGCUAAGUCCAAAAAGACAUUUGUCUUGAAAUCUAAAAUUUAAAGAAAUAACAGUUUAUUGGGUUUUAAUGGUUGGGCCCGUUAUGGGUGUGUUACUUGUGUGGGCGUAUCAAACAUGCAUCCGGAAGUUUAUUGUCUUCAUGUCUUUGCAAACGAAAGCUGAUAAGUCGAUAUACAUUCUCAGUAACGUUAUCAAUUAGUAUGCCUAUGCCAUGCAUAAUAAAACUGCCACAUCAAAUUUUAUUUAUAUUCGCUUGUCGCAUAUUUAACAAAGUAAUUGCAUAGGAUCAAUAAAACUUACUGUCUUUUGUAACGCUUCUUUUAUUGAAUUCACCCAAUAUUUUUCCAUUAUCAACUAUCUUAGUAUGUGGGCAUGACAUUAUUCAUACCGGCUCCAAUUACGAUCCAGACAAUUGAUCUGUUUUAACCACGACUCUAAUCUGGUUAUCCUAUUUUCUAUCUGAAUUCGUUAGUGUAACACGAUAAACUAUUUUGACUAAACAUCGUUAAUCAACCGGUAAAUCGAGAUAAGUAAGCAUUUAAUAAUACAAUGGUAAAUAAGUUUGAUUUGUUAAGUCAAACUACGUUGUUUUGUCUCUUAACACAUCGUUUUAACUUGGACACUAAAUCAAAGCUUUACUCUUCUUUUUCUCUAUUUUCUUCAACAAAAACAUGGACCCUAAAUUUCAACUUCUUGAGGAUGAUUGGAAAAUAAUCGAGUGUUAGUAUUAUAUCUUGCAAAUUACAUGUCAAAUCAACACUAGUUGAGUUUCAGUUCUCUUGCAAAUUUUUUUUUUUUAAAUCAAAGUAACAAAAUAAUAUAAACCACAAACCAAAACCAAUCAAUUUAGAUACUAAGUUACAUCAAACGCCUCAAAAUGGAAAAGCAUGCACCAUGUGACUUCAAACACAUCAACUACUAUCAUUUUCUAUCAAGCUGCGACUGGGACCAUACAACAAUGCCCAACACUCUUUUCUCUUCUUAUAUUCCAAAAGGAUCUUUUCGGUUUCAAAACGAUACCACUAUACCAAAAAAAAACCUUUAUUAAUUAUGCAUGCUGUCUGCUGAUGUGUCUAUAUUACAUAUGUAUAUAAACUGCAGCAAGAAAAUAAUAUGAAUCUAUCAGUGAAAGUAACCCUUAUGUUGUCCACGUCUCGUAGGCUGUUUUCCUCUACGUGGCACAUAACAUGUUGCUCAUGUGUCCACCUCACAAGCUGUAGUUUUAUCUCAGUGAACAAACUAAUACAGAAAACAAAUAUAUCUCGCCAUUAUGAUUCGAAUAAAGAUUCUCAUCGUCAUAAAAAAUGGGAGGAUACUAUCUUUCGCACUUAUACUCGUCUUAUAGAGACCAGUUUAUAAUUGAUUAUCUACUGAAAUAUGACUAUAUGAGUUUGGUUAGAUCAUUAAAAAUCAAUGUUAUGACAUGAAACCUGCUGAAAACAAAAACUCGUUUUCUCUAUUUUUGUUGCUAUGGAUGUUUUCUUUAAAUCCAAACAACAUAGGAUUCUUACUUCAGUGUAUAGUGGAACUUAAUGACACCAUCAUGUUGGCUUCGAUUUUAAAGCUUUACUGACUUGCAGUGUGAAGAUCAUAAGUUCAGAUGAUUUUACGAUUUCAUAUAAUUUUAUAUUUGAUAAUUGAUUAAGAUAUUCAAUUUGACGAUUAAGAUCAGAGAAUGAGUAGAAAUUAGAACCAUACAUCUAUAGGAAAAUGGAUAAAACUAUUAUUUUUGUUAGUAGCAAAAUAUAAUAGCAUGUCUAUGAAAAUAUUGUUUUUAAGUUCUACUAAUUGUAAAAGGUCAUUAACAAAAUCCAUUUCCUUAACACGCAUUUGGUGCCGUCUCGGAUUAGGAACAAGGAAGUCGUAUGCAAGAAUAUGACAAUAUUCAAUGCCUUUUAAGAACAAUUAAGUCAUAAUCGUAUAUAAGACUCUGACAGUCCCAUUAAAGACAACUUUACACUACACACCUUUGAAAAUCAUACCAACAAAUCUCACGAAAGCACACCAUAACCUAAAACUUUGUAAGUUAUAAAGUUUGAUUGGUAAAACAAAAAAAAC